UCAAUGCGUAUGUACAAAAACAAGAACGUAAUUUUAUAAAACUAAUAUGGCUGGAUGGUCGCCUUUACUGCUUUUACAAAUAAUACUGCAUGUUUCAGUUCCCCUCGAAUUUAUAACUCACCCUGAAGCAGAUCUUAAUAUGCAGCAAAAAGUUAUAAAACACGGAUAUCCCAUUGAGAUCCACGAGGUCACAACUGAAGAUAAUUACAUACUUACAUUGCACAGAGUACCACAUGGUCGGCGGUCACCAAGCAAUAACACCAAAAGAAGUCCUGUGUUGUUGCUGCAUGGGAUGGCAGCACAAGUAGAAUAUUUUCUGUUACUUGGCAGACGUUCUCUGAUAUAUUACCUAGCUGAUAGGGGUUAUGAUGUCUGGAUAUUAAAUGCGAGGGGUACACGGUAUUCUCAGAAACAUAAAUAUUUUGAUAUUGAAGAUAAUAGAUAUUGGAAGUUCAGUUACCAUGAAAUAGGAACAUACGAUAUUCCAGCUAACAUAGACUACAUAAUGAAUAAAACUAACCAAAAAAUUUUUCUCAUUGGUCACUCGCAAGGCAACACAUGCCACUUUGUUAUGGCUACGGAGAGGCCUGAAUAUAAUGAUAAAAUAAAAAUUUCCGUUCUUUAUGGACCAUCAGUACUGCUGAAAUAUGCGGACUAUCCCUUAGUUAAUGCAAUCUCCUAUUUUGUUGACAUAUACCAGAUGAUUUAUGAUGGUUUAGGAAUGGACGUCAUAUUUCCGAUGAAUGAUUCUAUGGACUUUAUAUUCAAAGUCUUAUGUUCAGAAACUACAUAUUUUAUGAAAUUUUGCAGACAUAUUUUAUCGAACAUUGGAAGUCAUGCAUCUCAUCUUAUUACCCAGGAAGUUGUUUCACUAGUUUUUACCGUACCACUUGCAAGGCUCGCUGCCAGACAGAUUUUCCAUUAUAUGCAGUGUAUAAAAUCAGGUGUAUUUAGACAAUACGACUAUGGAGAAAUUGAUAAUUUAAGAAGAUAUAGGACUAAAACACCACCAGAGUACAAUCUAACAAAGGCAGUAGCUCCUGUUGCUAUAUUUUAUGCAGAACGAGAUGAAUUUGCAACUAUUAAAGGCUCGCAGGAGAUUGCUAAGGUUUUGCCAAAUGUGAUACUUCUCUAUAAAGUGCCGUAUAAAUACUUCAACCAUAUAGAUUUCAUUCUCGCUAGUAACGCAUCUAGCUUGGUGUACAAAAGAAACGUACAGCUAUUCAAGAACUUUGAUAAUGGACAACUGAGAGAUAAAAGAACAUGAAUCGAAUAUUCUAAAAU